AUGUCAUUAAAUUCUAAUAGUAUAACAAAUAGAUCUGUCGUUUCAAUGAACCCGUCGGAACCUAUUUCCGAAACAGUCUCACAGCAGAUUUCUGAUGCGAAUGAAUCUGCUACUGAAACAGCUUCUUCGAACAAUGGCAUGUCAGGAUGUGAAUCCAGUUUGAAUAGGUAUAAUGGGUUUGAUGAGAAUAUUCAAAAAAAUAUUCACAACUUGGCAAUGUACUUUAAUAAUUUGUCAAUGAAUUCUAAAGAAAGUUUUAAUAAUAAUACCACUACAUUAACUUCACCCACAUCCAGUGAUACUAGCAUUAAUAAUUUAGAUACAGUGUCAACUGCUACUACAAGUGCUUCCAUUUUUAGAGUUUAUACCAAUGGUAUCAAUCCAAUUUUAGAUAAUAAUAAAUUAGAACAACAAACGAGCAAUGGUACUGAAGUGUCCACACUGUAUAACCCUUAUAUAGAUCCUUCUAAUCCACAGUUUAAAUCGAAAAAAUGGAUCCAAAAUAUGGUCAAUUUGAUAAAUAAUGAUCAAUCAUAUUAUAAACCCUAUGAGUUGGGCUGUUGUUGGACGGAUCUUUGUGCUAUGGGUUCCGAUACAAAUGAUAUUACUUAUCAAACUACAGUAUUCAAUGCUCCGUAUAAAUAUGCAAGAUUAUUUUUUAACCAUCUCAAUUCCAAGAGAAGAUCACAAGCAAAGAAAUUUAAAGGUGUCACCAUUUUACAUAAGAUGGAUGGGUUGGUCGAAUCUGGUGAGUUAUUGGUUGUUUUAGGCAGACCUGGUUCAGGUUGUACGACAUUAUUAAAAUCAUUAACCGGUAAUACUCAUGGGUUCAAAAUUUCACAAGAUUCAGAGAUUACAUAUAAUGGUAUUUCACAAAAGAAGAUUAAAAAAAAUUACCGAGGUGAUGUUGUUUAUAAUGCAGAAAAUGAUAUUCAUUUACCUCACUUGACUGUUUAUCAAACUUUGUUAACAGUAGCAAGAUUAAAGACUCCUCAGAAUAGAUUUCAUAAUGUUUCGAGAGAACAAUUUGCAGAUCAUAUUACUCAAGUUGCAAUGGCCACUUAUGGGCUAUCUCAUACUAGAAAUACAAAAGUCGGGAAUGAUUUAGUAAGAGGUGUUUCUGGUGGUGAAAGAAAACGUGUUUCCAUUGCAGAAGUUUUCAUCUGUGGUUCGAAAUUCCAAUGUUGGGAUAAUGCAACAAGAGGUUUAGAUGCAGCUACUGCUUUAGAAUUCGUUAAAGCUUUAAAGACACAGGCUUCCAUUACCAACGUUUCAGCUGCAGUAUCCAUUUAUCAAUGUUCUAAAGAUGCUUAUGAUUUAUUCGAUAAAGUUUGUGUUCUUUAUGAAGGCUAUCAAAUUUAUUUUGGUACUACCACUAAUGCUAAAAAAUAUUUUGAAAAAAUGGGGUAUUAUUGUAUUCAAAGACAAACUGUAGCUGAUUUUAUCACAGGUAUUACAAAUCCAAGUGAAAGAAUCAUUAAUAGAAAUUUCAUUAAGGCCAAAAAAUUUGUUCCACAAACCCCAAAGGAAAUGAAUGAAUAUUGGGAAAAUUCAAAAGAAUAUAAGCAUUUAAUUGAAGAUAUAGAAGAGUAUAAAGUGAGACAAAAGGCAAAUGAAAAUGAACAAAUAGAAAAGAUCCGUGAAGCUCAUAUAGCCAAACAAUCAAAAAAGGCAAGACCUGCUUCACCUUACACUGUAAGUUAUUUUAUGCAAGUCAAAUAUCUAUUGCUUAGAAAUUUCUGGAGAAUGAAAAAUAGUUCUUCCAUCACUUUAUUCCAAGUUUGUGGUAAUACAGCCAUGUCAUUAAUCUUUGGUUCUAUGUUUUAUAACGUUUUGAAACCACCAUCCACUACACAAAGUUUUUAUUAUCGUGGUGCUGCCAUGUUCUUUGCAGUCUUAUUUAAUGCAUUUUCAUCGUUAUUAGAAAUUUUUGCCAUUUAUGAAGCAAGAGAAAUUACUGAAAAACAUAGAACAUAUUCCUUAUACCAUCCAAGCGCAGAUGCUUUGGCAUCAAUCCUAUCAGAAUUACCUCCAAAGAUUAUCACAUGUAUUUGCUUUAAUAUUAUUUAUUAUUUUAUGGUCAAUUUUAAAAGAAAUGGUGGGAAUUUCUUUUUUUACCUACUAAUUAAUUUCACUUCCGUAUUAGCUAUGUCACAUCUUUUUAGAACUGUAGGUUCUAUGACAAAAAGUUUAAGUGAGGCAAUGGUUCCAGCAUCAAUCUUAUUAUUGGCAUUAUCCAUGUACGUUGGGUUUGCUAUUCCCAAGACAAAACUUUUAGGUUGGUCUAAAUGGAUCUGGUAUAUUAACCCUUUAGCUUAUAUGUUUGAAUCUUUAAUGGUUAAUGAAUUUCAUAAUACAAAAUUUGAAUGUGCUACAUAUAUCCCGACAGGCCCUGGUUAUGAAAAUAUAUUACCUGAUCAAAGGGUUUGUUCAGUCGUUGGUUCCGUACCUGGUCAAAAUUAUGUCCUUGGUGAUGAUUAUUUAAGAGAAAGUUAUGAUUAUUAUAAUAAACAUAAAUGGAGAGGGUUUGGUAUUGGUUUAGCUUACGUGAUAUUUUUCUUGGGUGUAUAUUUACUAUUCUGUGAAAUUAAUGAAGGUGCAAAACAAAAGGGUGAAAUGCUAAUAUUCCCUCACGAUGUGUUGAAAAAAAUGCAUAAGGAAGGUCAAAUUCAAGAUUCAUCAAGUCUGGCAAUGGAUUCAGAUUUAGAAAAGGGUAAUGGUAAUGACAGCUCCUUGGACGUUAAAAAUUCAUCCAUAAAUAAUAUAACUGAUAGUAUAAGUGGGAAUACAUUAACAGAAAAACAACAAUUAAAAGGUACAAAUCUAACUUUAGAAGUUCAACCUACCACAAAUUCCUCGUCUAAUUCAUCAGAAAAAGAUAUUGAAAAUAAUGCUGUCAUUUCAAAAUCAGAAUCCAUUUUCCAUUGGAAAAAUUUAUGCUAUGAUAUUAAUAUAAAGGGUGAAAAUAGGAGAAUCUUAAGUAAUGUUGAUGGCUGGGUUAAACCUGGCACUUUGACUGCUUUAAUGGGUGCUUCUGGUGCUGGUAAAACUACUUUGUUAGAUUGCCUUGCAGAAAGAACUACUAUGGGUAUUGUCACUGGUGACAUGUUUGUGGAUGGUAAAUUACGUGAUGAAUCAUUCCCAAGAUCUAUUGGGUAUUGUCAACAACAAGAUUUACAUUUAAAGACUUCAACUGUUAGAGAGUCUUUAAGAUUUUCUGCGUAUUUACGUCAACCAUAUUCUGUAUCAAGGAAAGAAAAAGAACUAUACGUAGAAGAAGUAAUCAAAAUCUUAGAGAUGGAAAAGUAUGCUGAAGCUAUUGUUGGUGUUCCUGGUGAAGGGUUAAAUGUGGAACAAAGAAAACGUUUAACUAUUGGUGUUGAAUUAGCAGCCAAGCCAAAAUUAUUAUUAUUUUUAGAUGAACCAACCUCAGGUUUAGAUUCACAAACGGCAUGGUCCAUUUGUAAAUUAAUGAGAAAGCUAGCAAAUCAUGGCCAAGCUAUUUUAUUUACAAUUCAUCAACCUUCCGCUAUUUUAAUGCAAGAAUUUGACCGGUUAUUAUUUUUACAGAAAGGUGGUAAAACAGUAUAUUUUGGUGAUUUAGGUAAAAGAUGCCAAACUAUGAUUGAUUAUUUCGAAGCUAAUGGUGCAGAUAAAUGCCCAAAAGAAGCAAACCCAGCAGAAUGGAUGUUGGAUGUAGUUGGUGCAGCUCCUGGUUCUAUUGCAAAUCAAGAUUAUUAUGAAGUUUGGAGAAAUUCUCAAGAAUACAGAGAUGUACAAGAAGAAUUAAACCGCUUAGAAGAAGAAUUUGCAGGUAUUGAAAAACCUGUUGGCUCUGAAGAACAUAAUGAAUAUGCCACUCCGCUAUUAUUCCAAAUAAAAUAUGUGGUUUUAAGAUUAUUUGACCAAUAUUGGAGGUCUCCUACAUAUCUAUGGUCAAAAUUUUUCCUAACAAUCUAUAAUAUGCUAUUUAUUGGUUUCACAUUUUUUAAGGCAGAUUUAUCCUUACAAGGUUUACAAAAUCAAAUGUUAUCAUUAUUUAUGUUUACUGUGAUAUUUAAUCCAUUAAUGCAACAAUAUUUACCAAUGUUUGUCCAACAAAGAGAUUUGUAUGAAGCAAGAGAAAGGCCUUCUAGAACAUUUUCAUGGAUAACUUUUAUAGUUUCCCAAAUCUUGGUAGAAGUACCUUGGAAUUUCUUAUGUGGCACAAUUGCAUACUUCAUCUAUUACUAUAGUGUUGGUUUAUAUCAUAACGCAUCUGUUGCGAAUCAAUUACAUGAAAGAGGUGCUUUAUUCUGGCUAUUCUCCUGUGCCUUUUUUGUUUUUAUUUCCUCAAUGAGCAUUUUGGUUAUUUCUUUUAAUGAACAUGACAGAAAUGCAGCUAAUCUUGGAUCAUUGAUGUUCACAAUGUCAUUGGCAUUCUGUGGUGUUAUGGCCGGUCCAGAUAUUUUCCCUCGUUUCUGGAUCUUCAUGUAUCGUGUAUCACCUUUAACUUAUUUCAUUGAUGGUUUGUUAUCCACAGGGUUAGCUAAUGCCGAUGUUACUUGUGCAGAUUAUGAAUUAGUUAGGUUUUCACCACCUAGUGGUAUGACCUGUGGUGAAUAUAUGCAACCUUACAUUAGCAUGGCUGGUACAGGGUAUUUAACAGACACAGAUGCUACUGAUACUUGCCAUUUCUGUAACGUUUCAAAAACAAACGAUUUUUUGAAAUCUGUCAGUUCAAAAUACAGCAGAAGAUGGAGAAAUUAUGGUAUUUUCUUAUGCUUUAUUGUAUUUAAUUUUGUUGCGGGUAUAGGCCUAUACUGGUUAGCUAGAGUCCCAAAGCAGUUUAGGAUUGGACUAUUUAAAAGAUUUAAAAUAGACUAA